GUGAGCUUUAAAGCUUUGGCCCCGCCGCCUAUCCAAAUACGGAUUCGUACCGUGUAGCCACGCCAUCUCAUUGAUUCUUAUUUCUGUCUAGUGCAUCAACAAGCUCCUCAGAAGCCUCCACGAAUCAGUCGCAGGUUGUCCGGAUAUCAGGUUGGGUUUGAAUGAGCGCGCGCCAGACGGAUCCGCGCGCGGACACGGACGUCGCACUCAGUUCAGUUCCGUUCAGUUCAGUUUCGCACGGGACAAAUCGAAAUUAACAGUUUCAGUUCUCCUCGGUCUCUUGUUUCUGCAUGGUGAUCAUUUGCAUAGUAUUGCCCGGCUGAAUGAGAAUUAUGAAGGCUUCGGGAGCCACAGAUCAGCCCAGGUGCGCUGCGAAAAUGGAGAGCGACUCGCGCAUCAGCGGAAAGCGGCAUUACCUCAGAACCAUCACAGGUGCGAUCCCGAUCCUGUUCUCAGUCGCGUCUGUCGCCUUUUGCAUCUUCCUGGAAAUUCAAACCAGUGACAUGAAGAACAGAAUGCUAGAUUUAGAAAACAGCGAUGGAGAGCGUCUUUUACACCCGUUCGCUCAGGUUUCCAUAGAUGAGUUUAACUCGAUGGUGCAGGAGAGAGUGCACGAGGUCCUGUCACAGCGCUCCUACGAACAUUUUGCACGCGUAAGGACUGCACGUCAAGCCUCCCCUGAUUGCAACUGCCCACCAGGCCCACCAGGAAAGCGGGGAAGAAAAGGACACAACGGAGAACCCGGACCCCCUGGUCCACCAGGUCCAAAAGGUGAGAAGGGAGAUCAAGGAGACCAGGGACCUCGGAUGGUCUUCCCUAAGAUCAAUCAUGGCUUUCUUUCUGCUGAUCAGCAGCUCAUUAAGCGUCGCCUCAUUAAGGGUGAUCAGGGUCAAGCAGGCCCUCCAGGACCUCCUGGACCUCCAGGUCCUCCUGGUCCCAGGGGACCACCAGGAGACACAGGGAAGGAUGGUCCGAGGGGAGCUCCAGGGCUACCAGGUGACCCAGGAACCUCAGGAGAGCUUGGUCCUGCGGGACCUGAGGGCCCUCCAGGACUCCAGGGCUCCCCUGGGCCCUCUGGCAUUCCAGGUAUUGAUGGACUGAAGGGGGAGGUGGGUAUGCCCGGAUUAGAUGGAAUGCCUGGUGCCAAGGGUGACAGAGGAGAGCAAGGUGAAAAGGGUGACAUGGGAGAAGAGGGCCCAAAGGGUGAUGUUGGUGAGAAGGGUGAUGCAGGGUCUUCUGCUGCUGGCAUUAAGGGUGAACCCGGUGAACCAGGACGAAGUGGGCAUAAGGGAGAACCAGGACUUCCAGGGCUGCCUGGACUUCCCGGAAUAAAGGGUGAACCUGGUUUUCUUGGCCCCCAGGGUGAGCCAGGGCUGCCAGGACUACCUGGAACCAAGGGAGAACGAGGAGAGCCAGGACUGCCAGGAAAGGGUGAACGUGGGGAGACAGGCCCAUUUGGACCAAAGGGAGCACAAGGCGAGCCAGGAACUCCAGGCCUCAAAGGAUCCAAGGGGGACACUGGAGACAAAGGAGAUUUUGGACUUACAGGACCCACAGGUCCAGCUGGAGAGAAAGGUGACCAGGGAACGACUGAAAUAAUUGACUACAAUGGAAACAUCCAAGAAGCACUUCAGAAGAUAACCACUAUUACAGUGACGGGUCCCCCUGGGCCUCCUGGACCAGUUGGACCACAGGGCAUUAAGGGUGAUCAGGGCCCUCCAGGUCUACCAGGCCUUGAUGGCGAGAGGGGUCACAAGGGCUCAAAAGGAGACAUGGGAAUGCCAGGAAUGUCUGGUGAUAAGGGAUCAGUAGGAUUGCCUGGGGUACCAGGUUUUAAUGGUCAGAAAGGAGACAAAGGUGAUGCUGGCCUGCCUGGACCACAAGGACCAUCUAUUAUAGGGCCUCCAGGGGCACCUGGUCCACAUGGUCCUCCGGGUCCAAUGGGCCCACAUGGAUUCCCUGGACAAAAGGGGGAAGCAGGUUUGCCUGGUUUAAAGGGAGCACGCGGGGAGUCCGGGCAUAAGGGUGACCGCGGACCCCUGGGCCUCCCUGGAGCGUCUGGCUUGGAUGGCAAGCCUGGAUUAAGGGGUACAGAUGGCCCAGCUGGUGCUCCUGGUCCUGCUGGUCCUAAAGGCGAUAUAGGUGAGAAAGGUGCUACAGGUGAACCUGGACCAAGAGGCCCAUAUGGAUUACCUGGUGCUCCUGGGACACCAGGCUUGGAUGGGUUACCAGGCUUAAGGGGAGAGAAGGGUGACAUGGGGGAAAGAGGAGAAAAGGGGGAAAAGGGAAAGAAGGGCAAAAAAGGGCCUAAGGGAGAGAAAGGAGAACAGGGUGCUCCUGGAUUAGAUGCACCCUGCCCAUUGGGGCCAGAUGGAUUACCAAUGCCUGGCUGCUGGCAAAAGUGAACAGUCUAACUCGAACUGCAUGGAAUUUGUAAAUAAUGCUUCAUUAUUGUAUUUAUAGUUUGUAUUUUUAAUUGUGAAGAAGAAUAUAAAUGGAUCUUAAUAUAAAUAUGUGUGUACACUGUGGGGUAAAAGUGAAAUAAAAUUCAAGAGCCUCACCACACCCAGCUGCUUCUACUCACCCUUGUGCUGUCAUGCAGGAGUGUGUCACAUUCACAUAAGCAUUGUGGAGUUUAUAUCAUGUGUGACCCACCCAAAGACUCUUGAAUACAAGGACAGGUUUGCAUGGUUCUUGGGAACAGAGUGGAUCCAAUAAUGGACUUGUGACAUGCAAGAAAAAGGUGGAAGAGAAAGAGGAGAUAUUGGAGGGAUCAGGACAUGCUCUCAAUCCAAAUAUGUAUCAUCCCAUCAUGUCAUACUACCAGCUCAAAAGACUAAAGACUGUACACACAACCUAAAAUAGCAUGUGUAUAUCACAUUGUGCUGUGGUCAAAAUGCUAUGGCUUCUGCAGAGCACUAACUGGCUGUUCUUAUCUUUUUCUAAUAAGGAAUACUUGGCACAGAGGUUUUAAUUUGCUUUUUGUCAUCUUCUCAAGGGAGUCACACCUUGGCUCGUGGCCUGAGAGAGCCAUUUAUGUGUCGAGGUAGAAUGAGAUUGUUGGUUUACUUAAUUGUAAAGAGGUCAGUUCCUUCAGCACUUCGGGAUUUCACUCCGUGAGCGGCAUUAUUUACUGAAAAGGAACUGCAAUCACAGGAUUCAUCUACUUCUUGGUCAGAUGGCAGAGAUGAAUCUCCAACCUUAAUGCACUUUUAUGUGUGUGCAAAAGGAUAGAGGGUUUCAGAACGAGUCUCAUCAUCAGGAAUGGAGUUUCUGUAUUCUUCUGAAACAGAUACUUGUUGGGAUCUCCCAAGGAUGAUACAAAGACAUUUUCUUUAAUACAAGAUUUCUUUUACAUGCAUUUGUAUCAAUAGUGUCUCAAGAUAUUGUCAUUCCCUUAUAAUAAGCAUUUACUUUGUGUUUUGAAAAAUGUUUUACACAAGAACGAAGAAUUCCGUGUUCCAUUGUUGCAGCCAGUGAAAAACACUUAAAAAAAUCCCUCUGUUCAUGAAUGUCACAAACAGUUGAUGACACAGAUGUACAGGGUUUUCUUUCUUUGUAGUGUUUUAAAUGGUUUUAAUAUAACUGACGUUCCUGCAUGUCAAAAGUUAAAUGAAAUAUUAUCCCCUGUAAACUUUGACAACUUUUAAGGAGUGCGUGUUUAAUUCUAAAGCUAGCUGCUAUGUUAGCCAUCACUCCGAAAUGCCAUUAAAGGGGUUUUCUUUUUAUAAUUGCAUCAAAAUAUAAAAAAAAUUGUGCAAUGUACAAAAAUGUUGAUUUACAUCAAUGUUUCCAAUCCAGUCGAAGUUCUAGCAAACAAAAGGGGAAGUACUAACAUGUUUUAUUUUUAUCCUUAAAACUUAAUUAAUGUUGUCUGUCAUCAGUGAGAUGUGCUAUAACAUUCCAGAGCUGUUGGAAAGUUUCUGAGAAAUACAGCCUUGCAGUCCUGUAGGAUUGCAUUAGCCAUGUGAUGACAGUCAUAUAUAUACAUUAAACUGCAAUGGGUUUGAUGGAGCAGUCACCUUUGACUAAGUAUGUAUUGGUAUUUCUGAAAGGUCUGAUGAGCAAUUCACUUUUGUGUGUGUAUUUGUAUAUACAGUUUAUAUUCAAGCUAACUGAAACAUUUGCAUUAGCCUUUAUACUUUUUAAGUAAUGCAAUGUUUGUUUUAUACUUAAAGCAUAUUGCUGGAAAACAAGCAUUCCUUGUAACAUGAGGUAGCUUUGAAGGUCUUUUUUUACCUUUCAGUAUUAUUCAUGUACAGUGGAGUUCUGCACUGAAAUGUGAGGCAAUAGGAAUGGACGUAAUGCUUCAUUAUGCUUCAAAUGUUUCAAAACUUUACUCUUUUCAAUUCUGGGGAGUGAUGGUUAGCAUUGUUGCGUCACAUCAUCCUGCAGCACAGUUUAUGUUGAGCCGCUUACUUUUAGUCAAACAUUAACAAGUCACAUUUGGCUGUAAUUCAUUCUUUAAGUCAAAAUAAAGGAUCAAUAGGUAUGAAUAUACCACAUGCAGUAUUUACAGGCGGUGUAUAAUAAAGUCUCCCUUUGUCAUAAUUGUUGUUAACUGAAUGUAGAAUAAUUAUAUGUAUAAUGGACUGUGUGCAGUUAAAUAUUUGCUAAUUAGACUAAAAGUGCAAUUUAUACUUUUCUUGUACAGUGUGUAUUGAUUGGUGAAACAUAUUCAGUAUACAGAAUACAAAUGUCCAUUAUAUCCAUUUAUUUUAACUUAUAAAAGUAUAUUUUAAUCACUUUUUACAUUUGGCACUGGUGAUUCCAAUGUUUUCUGAGGGUAAAGUGCAGAUGUCAGCAGGGUUCAAUGUUGAACCAAUAAUAUUUUCUUUCUUUUUGUUCAUAUAUGGCAUUAUUUUUUUAUUUCAGCUGCCAUUUUACAUUUCAUCUUGAGUGCAUGAGAGCCAAAUGAUUAUUUUUCUUUCUUUUAAUGUUUGUAUAAAACACUUUCCACACACUUCAACUUUGGUGCUGUUUAAAUACAUGCAUUUUGUUGCUAUUGUUGUUUAUUUACUUGGUGCUUAAUAUGUUUUGAAAAUUCCACUUUUCAUAAAUGCUUACUUUGGAUUUUUACAUCUCUAUUAUUAUUAAUAAUAGUAAUAAUAAUAAUAAUAAUAAUAAUAAUAAUAAUAAUAAUAAUAAUAAUAAAUAUGACAAACACGUGGAUAAGAUAAAUGUUAUGACGGGCUGUAAAGUGUUGAUGGGUUUCUUGUAAAUAAUGCAUAUGAUACUGCAUCUGGGAUUUUUAUUUUAAUUUUAUUUUUUUGUCAUUUAGCACAAUCAAACUUUUUAGACAACAGUUCCACUUGAUGGACCACCUUCUCACUAUCUUCAGAUGUUUGGAUGGAUGAACAGGCUCUCUCUCUCUCUCUCUCUCUCUCUCUCUCUUUCUUGUUUUGCUUUUUAUUAGCUUUUAUUCAUUACUAUUUCCUGAUUUAAAAAACAACGUGUUUAUUUUCUAAUUUCUUUACUCUCAUGUUCAUGUCCAUAAAAGGCUCAGUUAAUUUCAAGUACGUUUUAUGUGACUGUGCUCUUGAGCCAAAAUAAAAAAAUCCUCCAAA